UUAAUUUCAGUGACAUCUUUGAGGGCUGUUUAUAAAAUGGAUUCCACAGAAGGAAAUAACUUACAGGUUGAGUUAGAAGAGGGACGUGAAAAAGAAUCUCCAACAACUGAGCCACAGUCGAGCCAAGCUGAUCCAAAGCAUGUCAACGUCUCUCUUGUAAAACAAAAUCAGGCCGCCAAAAGCAAAGACCAAAAAAUCACAAGCUAUGAAAUUCAAGCCUCUAAGGAAAAUCCACACACAAUGACAUUGCCCCAUCUUGUGAGAAAAGUCCCUGAGAGUGACUUGACCCCACGUCCCUGGACAACAUUUAACCAGAUUCUAUGCUUGUCGUAUAUCAGUGUCUUAUUCUUUUUCCCUAUAGGGGCUUUUGCCAAUAAAUAUGCCUGGAAAGCUAUUAGGACCUACAGGAAAGGUUUAUAUGUCUUGGCCAAGAAGUGGGCCAAACCUGCUAUAAUAUUGAGCUAUAUUGCUGUCCUUGUUGGGUGUAUUGUAAUCACAGUCAUUGUACUUGUAGUGAAAAAGAUAUUAUGAGAAGAGUUUUUGUGCCCUGGUCUAAUAUGCGUAUGUGUAGCUGCCUUAUAUUAUGUUACACAACAAAAAUCACCAACAUAAGUAACCAACGCUUGCCAAUUUUUAGAUGGUAGCUAUACAUUUAUAUUGCUGUUGUACUGGUUUAUUGCAUAACAUAUCUUGAACAAAAGUGUAUCUAUCACAUGUUACUUUAAUACUGUAGAGGACCAGUUAGUAUUAAGAGUAGAUCUGAAUUGAAAAGUAUGACAUUAAUUACUGCUUAAAUUAUUACUGUGAAUCUAUGUACUGUGAAAUCUCAUGUGAAAUCACUAAUUUUCGUGGGGGGGGGGGUUAAUUUUCGUUGUUUUUGAGGUAUGAAGAGACCCACGAAUCCAUGCCGACCACGAAAUGUAAAUUUUCAUAUGCACAACUACUAAAAAGUUCUUCAUCCACGAAAUCAAAUCCCCAUGAAGCAACAUUUUUUCCUCAAACCACGAAAAUUUGACCCCCACGAAAAUAUGUGAUUUUACAGUACAAUGACAAUGAUCAUUUUGAUUGAUCUCAUAUAAGCUGCCAUAGUUUUUUUUUUAGGAAUAUUGAAAAAAAGUUAUGUAUACAUGUAUAUAUAUUUAUAUAUGUAGCGCAGUUUUACAAAAGUUGUUUCUUCCUAAACAAUUUGAAAAUUUAAAUUUUAUUUGAUGUUGUUGCGUGUGUUGUUCUACUAAGUAGGAUACUAUGUACUAGUUUGUGAUUUUAUGAACAUGUAAGUUACUUUAAUUCAUAUGUCACUUUAUACUUUGAAAGGUUGACGUCACAUGUUUAUUCUUAUGAAAUUGUUCCUACGUAUACAGAUAUUUUCUUUCAAUACUUUUUUAUGUGUAAUUCUUUUUUACUCUGUAUUUCAAUUUAAUAGAAUUGUUAAUAAAACCGUUGUGUUUAAAAUAAAUUUAGAUAAUUUUC